UUGUCCAUUACCAGCGCAAAAAUCUCUGAAUAAAGUUGUUGAAAAAAAAAAACCCACUAGCAGCCUUGGAGGCUGCGUCCUAAGGAAGAACGUCACGUCAGUUAACUUGUUCCGUGCCAGUGCUGCUCAGAGCUGGGAGGAUAUAUUGGGCUCUGGAGUUAAAAACCAGCAUCAAGCUCAUGGCAGAAGCUGUGAAGAUUCUGAGUGGGGGGCUAUCAACUGAACUGGAGAAUGCUGGCUUCUUGCUGCAGGGGGACCCGCUUUGGAGUGCCAGACUUCUUCAGACUAAUCCUCAGGCUAUUAAGAAUGUGCACACAAGUUUCCUCAAGAGUGGUGCCGAAGUCUUGAGUACUGCAACUUAUCAGGCCAGCGUUAAAGGUUUUCAGGAACAUCUUGGGCUCAGCAUAGAUGAAGCGGAGGAACUUUUUCAUGUAGGAGUGAGAUUAGCUAAAGAGGCUGCAGCUGAAGUUAAAGAAAAUAGAAACAUUUUAAUUGCUGGCUCUAUAGGCCCAUAUGGUGCAUUCCUAAGUGAUGGAUCCGAGUACUCAGGACACUACCUAGGAAACAUGUCUGUUGAGGAAUUAAAGGAUUGGCACAGGUUGCAGAUGCAGUGCUUGGCCUCUGCUGGGAUUGAGCUGUUUGCUCUGGAGACAAUACCUGGCCAAAAGGAGGCUGAAGCCCUCCUGGAGCUGCUAAGGGAGUUCCCAAAUACAAAAGCCUGGCUCUCCUAUUCCUGUCGGGAUAUGUCUUCUACCAGCUAUGGAGACACAUUUGAGAAGGCUGUGGGAAUCGCUCAUAGAUCAAAGCAACUAAUAGCUGUGGGGGUGAACUGCUGCUCUCCUACUUACGUUAGUUCACUAUUAACCUCUGCUAACAAGAACCGAGGACUUGAAAUCGGAUGGAUUGCCUAUCCCAACAAUGGAAAGAAAUGGGAUAAGUUGGGCUGGCAAAGCUGCAGUACAGAAAAAACAGUAUCUGAAUAUGCUCUAGAAUGGGUUAAUCUAGGUGCAAAAUGGAUUGGAGGCUGCUGCACAACAUCUCCUUCAGACAUUGCAACCUUGCUACAGACCCUAAGGCCGCACUCUGCACAUCUACAUUGAUGUAUUUCUUUCUCCUCAUUUAACACUUUUAUUAAUUACAUUUUUAUAAUAAUCAUAAUCUCUUUCAAAUGAUUCUAAUGAAUAAAAUGUCCCACACA